CCGUGGCUCUGCCCGAAGGACCUCAGCGGUCGCCCAUGCCGAGCUGAGUCCGCGGAGCCGCGGCCGCUUCCCGUCGCCGUCCGCCGCCGCCGGCUUUGCGGCUCGCCGCCCGCCGGGAUGCUGGAGGAAGCGGGCGAGGUGCUGGAGAACGUGCUGAAGGCGUCAUGCCUGCCGCUAGGCUUCAUCGUCUUCCUGCCCGCCGUGCUGCUGCUCGUGGCGCCGCCGCUGCCCGCCGCCGACGCCGCGCACGAGUUCACCGUGUACCGCAUGCAGCAGUACGACCUGCAGGGCCAGCCAUACGGCACACGGAAUGCGGUGCUCAACACGGAGGCGCGCACAGUGGACGCGGACGUGCUGAGCCGCCGAUGCGUGCUGAUGCGCCUGCUGGAUUUCUCCUAUGAGCACUACCAGAAGGCUCUGCGACAGUCAGCGGGCGCCGUGGUCAUCAUCCUGCCCCGUGCCAUGGCUGCCGUGCCCCAGGACGUUGUCCGGCAAUUCAUGGAGAUUGAGCCUGAGAUGCUGGCCAUGGAGACUGUGGUGCCCGUGUACUUUGCUGUGGAGGACGAGGCCCUGCUGUCCAUCUACGAGCAGACGCAGGCCGCCUCUGCCUCACAGGGCUCAGCGUCAGCCGCUGAAGUGCUGCUCCACACGGCCACGGCCAACGGUUUCCAGAUGGUGACCAGCGGAGCUCAGAGCCAGGCAGUGAGCGACUGGCUGAUCACCAGUGUGGAGGGACGGCUGACGGGGCUGGGAGGUGAGGACCUCCCCACCAUUGUCAUUGUGGCUCACUACGACGCCUUUGGGGUGGCCCCGUGGCUGUCUCUGGGCGCUGACUCCAACGGGAGUGGCAUCUCUGUGCUGCUGGAGCUGGCUCGCCUAUUCUCGCGUCUCUACACGUACAAGCGCACACAUGCAGCGUACAACCUCCUGUUCUUCGCCUCCGGAGGGGGCAAGUUCAACUACCAGGGCACCAAGCGCUGGCUGGAGGACAGCCUGGACCACACAGACUCUAGCCUGCUGCAGGACAACGUGGCCUUUGUGCUGUGCCUGGACACCGUGGGACGUGGGAGCCACCUGCGCUUGCAUGUGUCCAAGCCGCCACGGGAGGGGACACUUCAGCAUGCCUUCCUGCGGGAGCUGGAGACGGUCGCUGCGCACCAGUUCCCCGACGUCAGCUUCUCCAUGGUGCACAAGAAGAUCAACCUAGCGGACGACUUGCUGGCCUGGGAGCACGAGCGCUUCGCCAUCCGCAGGCUGCCCGCCUUCACGCUGUCACACCUGGAGAGCCACCGCGCGGGGCCGCGCAGCAGCAUCAUGGAUGUGCGGUCCCGGGUGGACUCCAAGACCCUGACUCGAAACACACGGAUCAUCGCUGAGGCCCUGACACGGGUCAUCUACAACCUGACAGAGAAGGGGACACCCCCAGACAUGCCGGUGUUCACGGAGCAGAUGCAGGUCCAGCAGGAGCAGCUAGACUCAGUGAUGGACUGGCUCACCAACCAGCCGCGGGCAGCCCAGCUGCUGGACAAGGAUGGCACGUUCCUGAGCACACUGCAGCACUUCCUGAGCCGCUACCUGAAGGACGUGCGCCAGCACCACGUGAAGGCCGACAAGCGGGACCCCGAGUUCGUCUUUUACGACCAGCUGAAGCAGGUGAUGAGCGCGUACAGGGUCAAGCCAGCCAUCUUUGACCUGCUGCUUGCCGUGUGCAUUGGGGCGUACCUCGGCAUGGCGUACACGGCCGUCCAGCACUUCCACGUGCUGUACAAGACGGUGCAGAAACUGCUGCUCAAGGCCAAGAUGCAGUGACAGCCACUGUGCACAGGCGGCUCAGGAGGGACUGGCCCAGGCACCCAUAGCGCCAGACCGAACCACAGAGGGUUUUGAUGGGUCACUAGGACACCAGGAAGCCUCUCCUGGUCCAUUUCCUUGAACUUCUCUGGAGGAGAGCCUGGCCCACCCACAGAUGAGCUCACUGGGACUGAACAGUGGCCCGGGCCACGUGCACUGAAGGGCCACACGUCAGUGCUGGCUUCCCCAGUGGCCGGGUCCCAGCAGCUUGCCCCGUGCGUCUCCCUGUUCCUCCCCACACCCCCGCCCUGCCUGUUGUCACUUCGGCCACCACUGGACCCACCUGGUCCCCCAGCUGGAUCUGAG